UAAGAGACAUACCUUUAAAAAAUCAAUACGCUGUCAAACACAGCUGAUUGUUGUCUGGAGAUUUGUGAUUAAAGUGGAAAAUUAAAUAAAAUUCUGUAUUUAAUUUUACGGUUUUUGUAUUUGUUGACACUUAACUAGAAUUGAAUAAUUCGCUUUGUAUGUGAUAGAUUUACAUCUGACAAUGAUACUGGUGCAAUUUGUGGCUUAAUUUCAGUUCCAGUAAAAUUCAAAUUGAGAAAUGGACCUGGCAAAAUCCCUAUUUGAGGGCAGGAGCCACGAUGGAUAUGUUGGCAAAGCUGAUCAUAAUAAAAGAGAACUGGAAUUGGCUAUAGAACCAGACGAUGCUGAUGACUCCUACGUAGACCAUUUUAAUGGGCUCAAUAUGGAAGAAGUCGUAACGCCCACACCGGGAGGGCCCUUUUCGGCUUUAAUCCCGAGUAUGUGGCCCCAGGAAAUCAUGGCUAAGCAAUCUAGGGAACAAGACGACCCCAAUUCACAACCAGAAUACAGGUUUGAUGAAUUCGGAUUUCGAGUCGAGGAAGAAGAUGGUCCAGAGCAAAAUUCAAACAAGCUUCUUGGCAUUCCGCUUGUUGAAGAUCCUCAACAUAGGUUACAAUGGGUGGCACAUUUAGAAUUCGCUCACAAUAAAGAAGUAUCUGAACUAACAUGGGAUAAGGUGGAAGUAAGAAUACCGAGAACUGACAAGCUGUUGCAAAUGGUCAGAUCGGGAAUUCCCCAUUCACUUCGCUCGCAAAUGUGGAUGCGAAUGUCUGGCGCAUUAGAGAAGAAGCAACAUUCCGAAUUGUGCUACAAGGAAAUACUUAGGAUGUCUAGCAACGACUCUCUAAUGACUUCAAAGCAAAUUGAAAAGGAUUUGCUUCAUAUAAUGCCAACAAACGCGUGUUACAGCAACGCCCACAGCACAGGAAUACCGAGAUUGAGGCGCAUUUUGAGAGGUGUUGCGUGGUUGUAUCCGGAUAUUGGAUAUUGCCAAGGUUUGGGCAUUAUAGCCGCUUCCCUGCUGCUUUUUAUUGAAGAGGAAAAUGCCUUUUGGAUUAUGGUAACAAUAGUGGAAGAUUUGCUUCCCGCCUCUUAUUACAGCUCUACCUUGUUAGGAAUCCAGGCAGACCAAAAAGUUUUGAGGAACUUAAUAUCAAAUUACCUGCCAGAUACCGAUGAAGUUCUAAGGAAUCACGAUAUUGAAUUGUCGUUGAUUACCAUGCAGUGGUUCCUGACUUUAUACGCUAAUGUCGUCCAUACGAAGAUUUUGCUCAGAAUAUGGGAUCUUUUCUUUUUUGAAGGAUCUUUAGUUUUAUUUCAAAUUACCCUUGCCAUGUUGAAAAUCCAAGAGCCCCAUCUUAAGACUUUGGAGAAUUCCGCUCAGAUUUUUAAUGCUCUGUCUGAUAUACCUGGUGAUAUUGAGGAUGUCGAUAAACUACUGGAGGUAUCAACUCAGCUUACAAGCUCAUUGAGUGAGGUGAUGAUUGAAACUUAUCGAAGGAGACAUUUGGCUUAUUUGAUGGCCGAUCAGGGUGCAUUAGUUGGAAACCCUGAAGCGGCUCCUAACUUACCAAAACAGCAUUUAGUGCGGAGGCAAGUAAAGAAGAACAAGUCAGUGAUUCAGUUGCUUCUUUUUAAUGAACCUACUGAGGAUGAAAUCAAAAGUAAAAAUAUUAAACAGACUGAAAUUCUUGUUGACCUCCGAGAAGCCAUCCUCCAGGUGGUGAGACAUUUUCUCCAACUAGACCCAAAGCUAAGUUCAGAGAUUUCACUGAUUGCUGAUUAUUCAAUGGAAAGUCACGCUCAGGAUCAUGCAAACUACGUAAAUGUAUCGCAGAAUAAACGGCGUAGAGCUAAGGCACUACUGGACUUUGAGCGACAUGAUGACGAUGAGUUGGGGUUCCGAAAAAAUGAUAUAAUCACUGUUAUUAGCCAAAAAGACGAGCAUUGCUGGGUAGGCGAAUUGAAUGGAUUACGAGGAUGGUUUCCAGCGAAGUUUGUCCAGCUACUGGAUGAACGAAGCAAGCAGUAUAGUAGUGCUGGCGACGACAGUAUAUCGGAAACUAUCACUGAUCUCGUGCGUGGCGUAUUAUGCCCUGUGAUAAAGCAAGUAUUCGAACAUGGAAUGAAGCGUCCAAACUUUUUAAGUAGUCCAUGUCAUCCAUGGCUGUUCAUAGAAGAGGCGGCAACGAAAGAGGUUGAAAAAGAUUUUAAUUCUGUUUACAGCCGGUUGGUGCUCUGCAAAACCUAUCGAUUAGAUGAAGAUGGAAAAGUCUUAACUCCUGAAGAGUGUUUUCAGCUACUCUACCGGUGUGUCCAAUCUGUAAAUCUUUCACACGAUAACGCUCACGCUCAAAUGGAUGUCAAACUAAGAUCGCUCAUCUGUAUAGGCUUAAAUGAACAAGUUUUGCAUCUAUGGCUUGAAGUGCUCUGCUCAUCUAGUGAGAUUGUUCAAAAAUGGUACCAUCCAUGGUCUUUCAUAUACAGCCCAGGAUGGGUUCAAAUCAAGUGCGAACUGAGAAUAUUGUCUCAACUCUCAUUCAAUUUAAAUCCCGAUUGGGAACUACCCGUGAAAAGAGAAGCCAAUAAUCAACCACUGAAAGAGGGGGUGCGUGACAUGCUUGUUAAACACCAUUUAUUCAGCUGGGAUAUUUAACAUUUACUGUAUUAUUUGUCCUCGAUUGUUCUAUAGAUUUUUUCAUUUCUAUUCAAUGAAUAGAAUCGCUCGGAAUAGGUCUUGCAUUCUACUGCCUUAACAUUGUUGCAAAAUACUUCUUAAUUUCAAUAUAUGUGCUGCUGUUCGUGAGCUGUAUUUAAAAAAAUCAUCAUAGACCUGAGUUCUACAGAACAAAAUACUGGUGUAGAAAAACAAAAAUCAAACUUCCUUAUAGGCAACAUUUACUGGCUUUGUUAUGGAAGAAACCAUUAACUGCCUUAAUUGCGAAAACUAUUUUAGAUAAACCUUUUAAAUUGAGCCACAUUUUUAAAAUGUCAAUAGCUUCAAAAGGCUGUGUAAAAAAUUGUUUAUUUUUCUUCUUUCAAUGAAUCAAUCUUACUCUAAAAAAUGUUGCCGGCCUCAGUAGUGACCUUAUAUUGAUAAAACACUUUUACCUUGUGCGUUAUGCAUAUUUGGACUAUAUUAAAAAUAAAUUGGUUGAUACAUUUUCGCUGCUAUACCAGGAAACCAAAUAAGUCACUGCAAUAUAACCGUAAUUAGAUAAUGUUAGUAUGGACAAAUGUAUCAAUCAUUUUAAUUUUAGCAUUUAUGCGCAGCUUUAAUUAAAGUACCGUAAGAUUUUAUGUAAGAGAAUAUUUAGGUGCUUCUUGUUAUUUAUUGAUCUUGUAUCGGGAAAAACGGUGUUGUGCAAAAAUUAUUGCUACAUUCUCCUAUAAGCAUGUAUCAUAAUCUUAUAAAAAUGAACUAAUAUAUCGGUGCUUAACGAUUAUUGUAUGCCACAUAUCUUGAAAGAAUGUAUGUCCACAAGUAAGUCUCAAUGCACUAUUGUUUUAGGGGUCUCAACUUAUCACCCCAUCUCCUAAUCUCAAGUGUAAAUUAUGCCUCCUAUAAUACCCUGCUCAAGGGUAGCUAUAUAUCACAGAGAAGUUAUUUUUCUAAUAACUUAUAAAUGUUGCAUUCUAUUUCGUUUUGAUUCAUUUGAAUUGUUUUAUGUAGUUAAUUUUGUUAACAUUACUAAGAAAAGUAUGCUUAGUUUAAUACAUUUGAAUACGUUGAUUAAAACAUUACUAUCUA